CCUAUUUUGUUUGAAUUUUUUUUUUUGAUAUAUUUAAGAUAAAAAAAAAAAAAACAAAAAAACAAAAACAAAAGAAAACAAAACACCCAAAGCAUGUCUCAUCACUUGACCAGCUUUUGUCUUCGUCCCACAGACAUCUCCACUCUCUUUUGUCUUCUCUCCACAAACCCUAAUCACUAUUAACACACAAAUCACAGCUUUUCAAAACUAUAUAUUAUAUCCAAAUAUCAAUAUAUCCUUUUUCUAACUCUCAUCAAUAUGUCUUGGCAGCUUUUGAUAUUUUCUUAGCAGACAAACACACUUGAGCUGUUUUUUUUUAAUCUAUAAAUACUCUUUUUUUGUUGAUAGCUUUGAGAUCUCUCUCAUGGCUUUUCCUCAGAGAAAACGAACACCUUCUUUCUCUUCUUCUGUUCUUGACUCUGUUUACCGUUCUAUCGACGAAUCUGACGGUCUCCAAAGUGACCUAAAAGGAUCCAUCAACGAAAAUGUAUCUUCAUCAUCAUCCUCACCAUCACCAAACAAGAAAGACGACAAGCUUACAACUCUAAGGCGAGCAAUCAUGGACGAAGAACACUGGCUUUACGCCCGAAGCAGCACCACUACCACUAACUCCUCUGAUUCCUCUUCUUUUUCCUCUUCCGAGGCAGAGUCAUAUCGAACAAAGAGAAGGUUGAGAAAGCUUGCGGAACAAGGUAAAAGAUCAGGUGAUGAGAGACAGAGAACAAAGAGAACGGUAAUGGACAACGAUAGUAGAUUGUUUUCCAAGUCCGAUGAUGAUAAGAAGCCUAAAGCCGUGAAGAUAAUUGAGGAGCUAAAGAGAUCGAAGCAGCCAGUGUCUCCUGGAGCGCGUCUCACUAGCUUCCUCAACUCGAUCUUCCAAUCUAACGCCAAGAAAGUGAAGCUUUGUUCUGUCGGUAAGACAACAGACGUUAAGUCCUCAUCCUCAAAGUCUUGCUUCAGUCGAACAAGAAAUAAAACCGACAACAACAACAACAACUGCAAGAAGUUGGAAAGGUCUAUAAGAUUCUAUCCGGUUAGAGUAACCAUUGAUGGAGACUGCAGAGACUAUGCUCAAAAACACAUUACUCGCGUGAGGAAACCAAUUCCAGAAUUUACCGCUAAGAAGAGUGUCAAAGAGGAGAUUAAGACCAACGAUCAUCACACUGAGUUUACUUGCAUCACAAGAAAUAUAGGUUUGAAGGAUUUUGUGAGAAGUAACAAAUAUGAAGGUAAAGAAGAGGAGGAGGAUGCUUGGAGUCACUCAAGUUCGGAUCUGUUUGAGCUUGAUAGUUACCGGAUCGGUAUGGGGCGGUACUUAAAAGAACUUCCAGUCUAUGAAACUACUGAUUUCAAGACUAAUCAAGCCAUUGCUAGAAGCUUGCUUUUGUAGUGUUUUGUUUUGUUCCUAUAACUUUUUUCCUUAUCAUUGAAAUUAAUUUACUACUUACGCCAAAGAAGAUAUCAAUUUACUAAUUACAUUUAUUUGGUCUUGAGUCAUUGUCACGUGCCUGGUUUCGUGGAUUACUAACAGCAGGUCCGGCUCAUUAAAACAUUAGACCCUGC